CAAUUCACAUUGACAGAUUUCUAGCUUCUAAGGGCAGACAACGAUCUGCAGUAAAAGAGAUGGUAACUGCCUCUUCAUAGCUAUGUCAAAACAACUCUUUGGAACAGAUACCCUUCACCACCAGCUUAGGGAACUUCUUGCAAGUGUCAUAGUGCUUAACCAUGACAGAUACCAACAAUUUUAUAUUCCUUCUGAAACAACAACAUUUCAACAACACCAAAAAUCCAUUCAUCAACUAGGAGUGUGGGGAACACAGGUUGAAAUUCAGGCAGCGAGUGACAGCUACCAAAUGCCUGUGUAUGUGUGCUCUCCCCAUCCCACAACUAGACAAAUCAAGUGGCUUUGUUUCAAGCCAUCCUACAGUCCUCAAGUACCCGACACAUCACAACUGCCACAGCUGUCUCUGUUGUACACCAAUGGUCAUAUUGAAAUAGCACACACUGGUUGUCAUUAUGACAGCAUAUGCACUAAUAACGGGCAAACUUUACAGUUUCCUGAGCUGCCAGAUGAAGACAAAGAAUAUGAGGUCUGUAGGAUCAGUGACAAUGAAACCAAUAGUGACAAUGAUUAGCGACGUCACUUCCGUACCUGCAGAACAGAUUCUGCUACAAAGAAUCAAGAGAUGUAGUUACUUGGCAACGUUUGUAAGGUUUUUCAAUACUGCAAUAAUCAGAGACUGAUUAUAGUUUGUAGCCCUGGUACACUGUUUGUAGCAUCCCGCUAAGACAAAGUUGUUACUUAACACAGAAGCACUGAUACUGUAAUAUGGU